CUGGUCACACUGCAUCUAUUUCGCUUGUAAAAAAAUGAACAGCAAUAACAAAUAAACAAUUAGUGCAGCGAUACGAUACCGACUUCUCGCAAUUACGUGGAUCGAAACUAAGGCGGCAGCGGAAAAUCGUGCAAUAUUUCACCCACCAAUUUAUUGGCCCAGGAAAACUCAAUUAAGAAUCCCGCACACAUACACACACUCAUGCAGCCGCGCACAGGAGACAACAAACACACACACAGGCGCAAGUUGUAGGAGCACCCGAGUAAGAGGAAGAACCAAAAGAAUUAGCUGAUAAACACUUGAGUACUGGACCCUACGAUAAGCGACAGAAAAGCCGGAAAGUGCGUGCUAAUUGAUCGGAUGUGAUGUGUCAAUUAAAAUCCAUUGAAAGCGAUUCCUAGUCAAUUUCAACCUGGCGACGGAAUUUGAUGAGUUAACAAAUAAUAAACAAGCUGCAGUUGCUCACGUGUUCUCGCCAAAUUAAUGCAGUAAGAAACCCAAGCAAAAGGGAAAUCGCAACCACUGCACAGGCAGAAAAAUUUAUAAAAUACUCAUUUUUGAACAUAAUAUGAACGAAAGUUUACCGAAGUGGUGAAGGUCACUCAGAGGAAGGAACACAACGCGGAGGAGAAGGAGGAGCAGCAGCACUCAGCCACUAAAUGGCCGAUGGAAAUGGGCUGCCAGCGGGUGCAGCUUCCGGAGGCAUGGAGACCGGACAGACAGUGAAUGGAGCCGGGUCCGCCAGCCCAACGCCCACUUCCAGUUCGGGGGCGGGGGCUAGUGGGAGUGCCAAUCAAGGAUACCAUCAAUUAAGUGUGACAAUCGAGGAGGCUUCUCUGCGCAACAACGGCUUUCUCAAGCCAAAUCCCUAUGUGGAGCUCCUGAUCGACAGCAAAAGCAAGCGGAAGACGGACCUGGUCAAGAACACUUAUCUGCCCAAGUGGAACGAGGAGUUCACGGUUCUGAUCACACCCAACUCCACUCUGCACUUCAAGGUGCUAGAUCACUCCAGUUUCCGCAAAGAUGCCAUGCUGGGAGAGCGAAUCAUCAACCUAUCACACAUCCUGCAGCAUUACAACGGGCGCUGCGAGUUCCUCGAGCUGACCAUAGACCUGUUCGUCACGAGCAAGUCGGACAAUCGCCAAACGAAGAGCGGCGAGCUGGUGGCCAUUCUUAACGGUCUCAAACUGGACAUGAGCAAGCUGCAAAUUCAACCACCGGCGGUCCAACAGAAUGGCAAUCCACCCGUCCAGGCUGUCAACCCGUCGGUGGUCAGUGAAGCGGCGUCCGGACGCAGUUGCAUGAUUUACGGUGGAGUGCGAGCACGUAUGCGACUUCGCUCAAGUAGUGGCAACAGCAAUGGCGAAGAGGGCCGCUCGCCCCUGCCGAACGGAGGAGCGGAAACCAGGAGAUCUGCGCCAGCUCCGCCAGUAUGGGAACAGCAGCAGCAAUCCCAGAGUCAGCCGCAGCCCCUGAGGAUGGUAAAUGGCAGUGGGGCGGCGGUGCCGCAGACAGCGCCGUAUCCCCAGCAACCCCCGGCUCCCGCACUUGCACGUCCCCUAACCCAAGUUUACGGAGCGCUGCCAGAGAACACUCCGCAAGCUGCGCUCUGCCCUCCUAUCGAACAGCCUGGAGUUGGACUUCCCGUGAGCCAAAGCACAGAUCCGCAACUCCAAACGCAACCGGCGGACGAUGAACCACUGCCGGCUGGCUGGGAAAUUCGACUGGAUCAGUAUGGCCGACGGUACUAUGUAGAUCACAAUACACGUUCCACUUACUGGGAGAAACCGACGCCACUGCCUCCAGGUUGGGAGAUAAGGAAAGAUGGACGCGGACGAGUUUACUACGUCGAUCACAACACGAGGAAGACCACCUGGCAGCGGCCGAACAGCGAGCGCUUGAUGCACUUCCAGCACUGGCAGGGUCAGAGGGCCCACGUUGUAUCCCAGGGCAAUCAGCGAUACCUGUACUCCCAGCAACAACAGCAGCCAACAGCGGUGACUGCGCAAGUGACGCAGGACGACGAGGAUGCACUGGGACCGCUGCCAGAUGGCUGGGAGAAGAAGGUCCAGUCGGACAACCGAGUGUACUUUGUGAAUCAUAAGAACCGCACCACCCAGUGGGAGGAUCCACGAACCCAGGGCCAGGAAGUGAGCCUGAUUAACGAGGGCCCGCUGCCGCCCGGCUGGGAAAUCCGCUACACGGCCGCCGGUGAGCGCUUCUUUGUUGAUCACAAUACGCGACGUACCACCUUCGAGGAUCCUCGACCGGGAGCACCAAAGGGGGCCAAGGGAGUUUACGGAGUGCCACGUGCCUACGAACGCAGUUUCCGCUGGAAGCUGUCUCAGUUCCGGUACUUGUGCCAGAGCAACGCUCUGCCAUCGCACAUCAAAAUCACGGUGACGCGACAAACCUUGUUCGAGGACUCCUACCAUCAGAUUAUGCGCCUCCCCGCCUACGAACUUCGGAGGCGACUCUAUAUCAUAUUCCGUGGCGAGGAGGGACUGGAUUACGGCGGAGUAUCUCGCGAGUGGUUCUUCCUGCUUUCCCACGAGGUCCUUAAUCCCAUGUACUGCUUGUUUGAGUACGCGAACAAGAACAACUACAGUCUUCAGAUAAAUCCCGCCUCGUACGUGAACCCCGAUCACCUGCAGUACUUCAAGUUUAUCGGUCGCUUUAUCGCGAUGGCCCUUUACCACGGAAGGUUUAUCUACAGUGGAUUCACAAUGCCUUUUUACAAGCGCAUGCUGAACAAGAAGCUUACCAUCAAGGAUAUCGAGACCAUCGAUCCGGAGUUCUAUAACUCUCUUAUAUGGGUAAAGGAUAAUAACAUCGAUGAGUGCGGCUUGGAGCUGUGGUUCAGCGUGGACUUCGAAGUACUCGGCCAGAUAAUCCAUCACGAGUUAAAGGAGAAUGGCGAAAAAGAGCGCGUGACGGAGGAGAACAAGGAGGAGUACAUCACGCUAAUGACAGAGUGGCGAAUGACGCGUGGCAUUGAGCAGCAGACAAAGACGUUCCUGGAGGGCUUCAACGAGGUGGUGCCGCUGGAGUGGCUCAAGUACUUUGAUGAGCGCGAGCUGGAGCUGAUCCUGUGCGGCAUGCAGGACGUGGACGUGGAGGACUGGCAGCGCAACACUAUUUACAGACACUACAACCGCAAUUCCAAGCAGGUCGUCUGGUUCUGGCAGUUUGUCCGAGAGACGGAUAACGAAAAGCGGGCCCGUCUGCUACAGUUUGUGACGGGCACGUGUCGCGUGCCGGUCGGAGGAUUCGCCGAGCUGAUGGGCUCCAAUGGGCCGCAGCGCUUCUGCAUCGAGAAGGUGGGCAAGGAAACGUGGCUGCCGCGCUCGCACACCUGCUUCAAUCGAUUGGACCUGCCGCCGUACAAGAGCUACGAUCAGCUGGUGGAGAAGCUGACCUUUGCCAUCGAGGAGACUGAGGGUUUCUGCCAGGAAUGAGUGGCAGUCGAUUUGUGGUCGGUUUGUUGAUUAAUGUUUAAUUCCAGUUGAGCGCCUGCGUUACCGUCCCCCCAAUCUCUACCCCUACCCCUACCCUUACCCAUUCCCCCCUCCAAAUCCCCUUCCUCGUUUGACGACCACGUUGCGUUAAAUAGUUACUGUUAUUAUUAUUACAUACGUAUAUAUUACUACUGUAUACUGUAAACACAAAACACACUUUUGUCUGUCUAUUCCUAUGUUCGCUACAACUAGGCCUUGAUUAAGUUUAGUUACCAUAUUAAAUGAAAGGUUUGCCUAAAGUGCGAAAUUUGAGAACGAUGUAUCGAUGUAUUGAAAGUUUAUUUUGAAGUAAUGUUUUAAUUUUUUAGAUAUAUAUUAUCUAUUACAUAAUUUCUUUUUGAAACAGGUUUUGAGUGAAUCUUUUCUGGUUAUAAUUUUUUACGAUUGUCUUUAAAUGUAUUUGUCGAUAAAUUUUUUUUCGCCCAUGAUUCGUCUGUAAAUUAUACGCCAAUAAAUAAAACUACCUGAUA